UCCGGUCCAGUCAUGUAGUCACUACUCUUUCUCCGUUCACAUCCGUUCUCUGUGUCCUCGUGCCGUCUCUGUGCGUUUUUAACCUAGUCUACUUAGAGAUUUGCAGUAGUUGAUGAAUUGUGUUUUGUCUGAAACUCUUUUUGCGCUUUUCUGACGCUUUGGGGUGUUCCAUGCGUCAGAACAUCCCGCGAUUUUCCACGCUUUCAAUCUCCUCUCUGGUUGCUCCCUUGGCUCCUUCCUCUCUUUCUCCCUGUUGAGCACCGGGCGAUUAUCUGUCACCGCCGUGACUUCUAAUUGUUUCUUGGCAAAGUUGGGAACCACAGAGGAGAAGGCUUCAAUGAGUGCUCCUCCGUUGAUCCGGGCGCCCAGCCCGCUGCCGUUUUUGGGAGGGACGAGCAGCCCCAACACCGAGGGAGGAGGUGGGGAAGGGGUAGGCGGCGUGAUCUCCUUCCAGAUCCAGAUAGGCAUGAGCCGGGAGCCGGUGCUGCUAGACGCCGCGGAGCUCAACCUCAGUCAGGUCCGGGAAGUGGCGUGCUCCAUUAUCAACCAGAAGCUGCCAGAGUGUGGAUUCUAUGGGAUGUAUGAAAAGAUUCUUUUGUUUCGUCAUGACCAGACAUCAGACAACAUGCUGCAGCUGCUGCGCUCUGCCUCGCAGAUCCAGGAGGGUGACCUGGUGGAGGCCAUUCUGUCAGCUUCAGCCACUGUGGAGGACUUCCAAAUCCGUCCACACAGUCUGUUUGUUCAUUCGUACAGAGCUCCAACUUUCUGCGACCACUGCGGUGAGAUGCUGUGGGGUCUGGUAAGGCAAGGGCUCAAAUGUGAAGGAUGUGGUCUCAAUUAUCACAAACGCUGUGCAUUUAAAAUUCCCAACAACUGCAGUGGGGUGAGAAGGCGUCGCAGUUCAACGGUUUCACUAACAGGAGGAAUUGUUAAUGUGGGCCGCCCCCUCUCUGCCGAGCCUUCACCUCCCCACUGCACAGAUGAUGCUUUGCUGUCUCCUGUAAGUCCCAAUGUUGAGAAGAACCAGUUAGAUUAUUACUCUGGCAGGGAGCGGCGAGCUAGCACCCAGUCAUACAUCGGACGCCCCAUUGAGCUCGACAAAAUCUUACUGUCAAAGGUCAAGGUUCCCCACACAUUCCUAAUCCACUCAUACACCCGACCAACUGUGUGCCAACACUGCAAGAAGCUGCUGAAAGGCCUCUUCAGACAGGGUCUGCAGUGCAAAGAUUGUAAAUUUAACUGCCAUAAACGAUGUGCUCUGAAAGUGCCAAACAACUGCCUUGGAGAAGUUUCCCGAAAUGAAGAUCUUCUGAGCCCCGGAGCGGAGUCCGAUGCUGUGAUGGUGGAGGGUUGCCUUGACGACCCCAGUGGUGACCGACGUGGUAGCCUCCUUGAUGACAUGGAUGAAGCACUAACUUCGGAUGGGGGUUUAAUGCUGGACACCGGAUCUGCUGACCUUAGUGACCUGCGUGACCCUGACCUAGACGACUCCAACCGUGCCAUCAGCCCGUCCACCAGUAACAACAUCCCACUGAUGCGAAUUGUUCAGUCAGUCAAACACACCAAGAGGAAGAACAGCAAUGUGAUGAAGGAAGGCUGGAUGGUUCACUACACCAGCAAGGAUACUCUUAAAAAACGCCAUUACUGGCGGCUGGACAGUAAAUGCAUCACCUUGUAUCAAAACGAUACAGGAAGUAAAUACUACAGGGAGAUUCCUCUGUCAGAAAUCCUGUCUCUGGAGCCAGCUCAGAAUUUCUCUCUGCUUCCGGAAGGAGCCAACCCUCACUGUUUUGAAAUCACUACAGCAAUGUUGGUUUACUAUGUUGGAGAGAACCUGCUGAGAGGCGAAUCAUCCAUGACUGGCAGUAGCAUCCUGGUCAGUGGAGUUGGGCAGGAUGUGGCUCGGAUGUGGGAAAUGGCCAUCCAGCAUGCUCUUAUGCCAGCCGUCUCUACAGGAAUUUGCCACAAUUCCCACCGAAGUGGCCACAAGGAAAUUUCCAUCAGUAUUUCAGUCUCCAACUGUCAGAUCCAGGAAAAUGUGGACAUCAAUUCAGUUUAUCAGAUUUUUCCAGAUGAAGUUCUUGGCUCUGGACAGUUUGGUAUUGUUUACGGAGGUAAACAUCGGAAGUCUGGUCGAGAUGUUGCCAUCAAAAUAAUUGAUAAACUUCGAUUCCCUACUAAGCAGGAGAGCCAGCUGCGCAAUGAGGUGGCCAUCCUGCAGAGUUUGCACCACCCAGGCGUGGUCAACUUAGAGUGUAUGUUUGAGACACCAGAGCGAGUGUUUGUGGUGAUGGAGAAACUCCAUGGAGACAUGCUUGAGAUGAUCCUGUCCAGUGAGAAAGGUCGGUUACCAGAGAGAAUCACCAAGUUCCUAGUCACACAGAUCCUGGUGGCUCUGCGGCAUCUCCACUUCAAGAACAUCGUCCACUGUGAUCUGAAGCCAGAAAAUGUGCUUCUGGCUUCUGCAGACUCUUUUCCUCAGGUAAAACUUUGUGACUUUGGAUUUGCUCGGAUCAUUGGUGAGAAGUCCUUCCGGCGCUCAGUGGUUGGCACACCAGCAUACCUUGCUCCUGAAGUCCUGAGAAACAAAGGUUACAAUCGUUCUCUGGAUAUGUGGUCGGUGGGAGUCAUCAUUUACGUCAGUUUAAGUGGGACAUUCCCUUUCAAUGAAGAUGAAGAUAUUAAUGAUCAAAUCCAGAAUGCUGCCUUCAUGUACCCUCCACAUCCGUGGAAGAAAGUCUCCCAGGAAGCAAUCGACCUGAUCAACAACCUCCUGCAGGUGAAGAUGAGGAAGAGGUACAGUGUGGACAAGACUCUCAGUCACCCCUGGUUACAGGAUUAUCAGAUGUGGCUGGACCUGAGGACUUUAGAGGGUCGAAUGAACGAGCGGUACAUCACCCACGAGAGCGAUGACCUUCGUUGGCUCCAUCACGCUCAGCUCAGCGGCCUUGACUACCCCUCGAAUGUCAUGAAUGGUCCUGUGAACGAUGUUGAUCCAGGGAUGGAGCGCUACCAUGAGCAGGAGGAGGAGCUGGAGACCCUCAGUGAGAGGGUCAGUGAACUCUGAGGACAGCGUCACAAAGUAACACAAACCAGAAAAAGGAAGUUUGAACUUUUUCUGGAGUAUUGAACAUUUACAAAUAUUUUUCAAGCAGGUAUUACAUUUCAUUUCAUUCAAAUCGGCUUCUUUUCUGUGAAAACAGCUACAGGUUUACUAAUCUGCACAUUGGCGGUGUGCGCUGUCACCUCCAAGUUAAAUGUUCCUGUUCCUGUUAAAACACUGACUGGAGGCUUUCUGUUUGCAUGUCUUUCCAGUGGCUUUUCUCACAGGAAAAUGCUAGGAAUGCUUCUGCCUACAUUCCUAAAACAUACAUGUUGCUCUUAUUAGAGAUGAUAAUUUUAAGCAUUAGCAUGCUUCUGUUUCUGGUUUCCCCCCAUGGCUCAUAAAAAGUUCAGGUUCCAAUUAGCUGUGACCCUUUGAAGGAGUCAGCUCAUUAGAAUUGAAGGUCUCAUGAUUGGGUUUGAGUAAACUCAAAAUAAAAAUUAUAAGUUAUACAUUCUUUAUAUCUUUCCAGUUAACAGUAACAGAGAUGGAGAAAUGAAUAAGAAAUAGGAAGUACUUGACCUCAAGCUUCUCAACAUAUCAGACUGAAAAACAAAUCUCCCUUACAGAUUUCUGUUUAUUGUCACUCUUAAAUGUUCUGUGAGCUAUUUUUUAUUUAUUUUUUUGUUAACCCUCCUGUGGUCUUAAGAUGCAACCCAUCCUGCCAUGAUCUGAACAUAUUCAAGAACAGAUCAAACAUACUUAUUGGUUUUUGGGGUUUUUUCCAGUCCAGGUUCCCAAACUAUUUCUAAGGGCGCGUUCACACCAGUCCUGUUCAGUCCGCUUUAAUCAAACUCCAGUCUUGUUUAGAAAGUCUGGUUCAUUUGCGUAGGUGUGAAUGCAUAAUAAAACUGAUGCGGACCAAAAAUGCAAACUCUAUCGAAGCUUUGACUCAGUUGAAGGAAACUCUGGUGAGGUUUGAAUGCAUAUGUGGAUGUCGAAAGAAGCAGACAAUAGCACAUGGCAUUCUGGGUAAAGACAACCAAAACAAACGCAAGUCUAGCGUUAAAGAGAAAUACUACAAACACCAAAAUCUGAUGCCACUCCAUUGUGGUUUACAUUUCCUGAACAAGCACGUUGUGCUCAGUGUCUUCUUCAUAAGAUUUCCUUCAGUGGUUAUUGGUGCAGCGCCACCACAGGCGAGGAGGUGAACAGGAUUUUCAAAGGGUUUAGUUGGUUUGACACAGUGCAGUGUGAAAGCGAACCACACCAGCUGGAAAUGGAACAAAUGCACCAAUUUUGGUCCCCAAUCAAGUUUACCAGACUGCAGGUGUGAAAACACCCUAAGGCUUUGUGACUCCAGCGGACUACAGUCAGAGACAAUAUGCACAGAGAAAACACCUCCAAGAGCACCGCCAACUCAUCCAGGAGAUCUCUAUCUCCCCGGGACAAUAUGCAAUAACCUAAUCAGGAGUUUUCAAAGUACAGGGGCACCAGUUGCCUGUUAGAGGGCAAAUCGACAACCUCCAAAUUCCCAUCACCAAUAACUACAUUGUUGCUAUUAUUUCUGUUGCUAUACUUGAUGUUCCAUUCAUAGAUGUUUUCACUACACUUUGGAAAGCCCUGAUGUAAAGUAUUACAGGUGUGACUAGUCUAGUUAAUCCAGUAUUACAACAAUCCAGUGGACAGCAAGUCCAACUCUGAAAGACAACAAAACCAAAGAAAUAUUUUUCAGUGGCCAUGUUAAAGAUAAACAGCUAAUACCAAUUGUGAGACCGUUGCUCUCCCUCAGUCUGAUGUGCUUGUUAAAUCAGAGUACUUUUGUGUGGUCGUUCACAUUUCCAAAUAUUAUGUGAUUUAUCUGUGACCCCUGUGUGAACUGCAAAAUGACCUGACAGUGUACAGCGUGCACAGUAGAGGGCCCAAGGUCAUGCAUGCAGUGAGCGUGCUCAGAGUUUUGCCAUAAAGAAGAAGACAUAGUCAGUGUAAGCUGAAGUAAACACGGAUACUAAUGGUGGAGCGUACCUUACAAUCAACUGUGCACACACAUCAUUCAACCAGACAUAAAUCUAUACACAUAUUUUGUUUCCAAACUCCACUGAAGUUUGUUUCACACUUCAGGUUGCAACAAAACACUACAAACCAUCUUUACAGUGAAAUACUUUUGUGUAACUGUUUGCUUUUUUUCAUUCAUCCAUACCGCUUGCAGUGUGAGCCCAGCCAUAGAGACAGUUUCAGUUUAUGUAAACAAUUUUAAUUUGUCUUUUGUAUAAAAGUCACAUUCUGCAGCUUUAAUCUCUGCUGUCACCAGCCUGCGUCAGUCAGAGUGUGUGACAGCACCACCAUGGCUCAUCACUGCCUUCCUGGAAAUGUGUAAAUUUAGCAAUUUUGACCAUGAAAAUGUUUAUUUAUACAUUCUAAGAUCCAUCAAGUUGACAAAUUGAUUUUCUUUGGUCAUUUUUGGUGUCUUACAUGUCAUGAUGUCAUGAUGUACUGCCUCAGCUGCCUCUCCAGACAUGUGGACAUCACAUUUUCUUCAUCUAAGAACAGAGAAAGUGACUUUAGCUGCUUUCAUCUACAGUGCCUCUUUUUGAACUUUAACCUUACACAUGCGUCAUAGGAGUCAGUCUAAAAGCAGCAUAACAGGCUACCUUCCCAUUACUCUCUUAUCAUGCUUCAACAGAUCUAUAUGAUAUGAAUAUGGUAGAUGCAAAGGAACAAAUCAACUGAUUGUGCGCUCUAAGAGCAGAAAAACCUCUGAACUGACUUUAACUCUAGGUUAUGUUGUUUCAGAUUAUUCUACAAUGUAAAGCUGCUUUGAGGUUGAAGAAAACUUUAGUGUCUACCCUGACUGCACAUCACUGAGUCACUGCUGUCUUUGUGCAGUUAAUAGAGUUCACUGCAGACAAUGUGAGAUUAGAUUUACAUGACUGCUCCUGUGACCUGAAAGCAACCUGACUCUGUUUGGCACAUACUUGCUGUCAGUCAUCUGUUGGAAAAAAUCUACAGAGCCCUCUGGUGGCUGGUGUGAAAAAUUAAAACUGAACAAAUGACUGAAGUUACUGUAAAGGAGGCCUUUUAACCAGUCGUGUCCUGACCAGAGCUUUGUGUUAUUCAGAUGUCAGAGUUAACACUCUAACACAAAAUAAUAAUCACUCAGUUUCAAUCAGUUUGAAAUCAAAGGGCAAGAUAAAAUAAAUGGACAAAUGAUAUUUGUGAGAUAUUUGUGCUUCUGCCAUCAGUAUGAGGGCAGAAACAUGGUUUAGAGAAGAAGAGCUUCAUGUUUGCAAUAGGCAGGACUGUUUUAAGUUCUUUGAAAUUUAUGGCAGAAUUAUUUAUAGAUUGAAUAAACCACAGCAACUGGUAUCAAAAGUUGCACUUUCUGGUUGACAGUUUGAAGAGUAAAAAUUUAUUUUCUUUAGUCUUUAGUCUUACACAGUAUUUGUUUACCACUGAUCGUAAUUAUUUCCACAGCUAAAGAGUAGCCAAAAAUAUUGUGCUAGAACAAUCAAUCUCCCUUCAUUUUGGGUUCAUGUGGCUGCAUCAGGUGAUUUGUAAAAUAUCAGUCAGUGUUCUUAUCAGACUUCCCUCCAGGGUCUCAGGCUAACAAUUUUAGCACAUCUUCUGUGAGGGAAAUAGGCACCAGGUACCCCCUUCUCCCCCCGCCCUCCCACCACUGUCCCACCAACCCCACCCCAACAACCCCGCAAGGAUGGAUGGAUGGAUGGAUGGAUGGAUGGAUGGAUGGAUGGAUGGAUGGAUGGAUGGAUGGAUGGAUGGAUGGAUGGAUGGAUGGAUGGAUGGAUGGAUGGAUGGAUGGAUCUUUGAGUUUUCAAGUAGAGUCCUAAACACUAGUUGCUCUGUAAAUAAUUGUUUGACAAAGUGUCUAAGGUCUACAUUUCUGUUUUUCUUUUUCGUUUUUUUGCCAGUUGCUGUUUACUAGAGCUUAUUAAAGUGCAUGCUUGUUUGGUGAACUGAUCAAUCAAUCUCGAAAUGCCUUUAUUCAUAACUGUGAAUUCAUUUGCUGUUUGAAGAAAUGCUCAGUGUCAUACUUGUUUUUAUGGUUAUAAAACUCUUUUCAUAUCUGGGACUCAAAUCCGUCCAGAGUGUACUCCACCCCUCUUCCUUAUUCAUACCCAUCUCUUCCCAGGCAACAGGAUGGAUGGAUGGAUGGAUGUUUUUCUGAACUGGAAAAUAACAGUAUUUACUCUUAACUCUUUCAUUUCACAUUAAAAAAAAGACAACACAACGACUAUCAUAAACUAUGUUGACAUGCUGCUUAUAACUCUUAAAAUGUGUUUGUGGAAUGAGUGAUAAUUGAGCAUUUUAAAUGUUUGGGGUUUUUUAGCAGUUUGUUUUAAUUUCGCUGCAACUUUUAUCUUGAACUUCAUUUAUUUGUUUAUGUCACAAAAUUAAAAUGAUAACAAAGUUAAUUGUGGUCAGGAGUGUAUCUUUUUACAUAAAGACACUCAUAAACACCCCAUUGCUACAUAACUGUGUUGUCACAUCUUUGCUAACCUGAACGUAGGAGUUCUGUCAGAGUAAUCGUUCUCUUG